AUGACUUCCCCGCAGACUAAGGAGGCCUGCGACCCUGAGCCACAGGAAGCUCAGGUUCGGACCUUCUGCUUGAACAAUGGUGACCUUAACAAGUGCAGCAAUGCUUGGAGGCCCAGAAUGAAGAGGAGCAGCCCUGCGAAGGACCCAGAAAUGCUGCAAACGGAGGACCUCCUGCGGCAAGUGCGGGUCAUCUUGAAUAAACUGACUCCGGAGAGGUUCGACCGGCUGGUGGAGCAGGUGCUGGAGCUGAACAUCGACUCCGAGGAGAGGCUGAGCGGUGUGGUGGACCUGGUCUUCCAGAAGGCCAUCGACGAGCCCAGCUUCUCCGUCAUGUACGGACAGCUGUGCCACCGCCUUGCCCUUGUGAAGGUGCAGAUGGCCGAGAAAGCCGACAGCACAAUGACCUUCCGCAGGCUGCUGCUUCGCCGCUGCCAGAAGGAGUUCGACAUGGAGAGGAGUGACGACGUGGUGGUUCAGAAGAAGCAGGCGGAGCUGGACUCUUCUGCAUCCACUACAGAGCGCGAGCGGCUCCAGGAGGAGCUGGAGGAUAUCAAGACCAAGGCUCGGAGGCGCUCACUCGGACUCGUCAAACUCAUUGGAGAGCUCUUCAAGUUGAAGAUGUUGACGGCGGCCAUUAUUUUCAGCUGUACCUCCCAGCUGUUAGAGAGACAGGACGAGGACUCGCUGCAGGGUCUCUGCGCGCUGCUCACAACUGUCGGCAAAGAGCUCAACGCUAAAGGAGCCAAGAAACAGAUGGAUCAGAUGUUCAAUCAGAUUCAAGAACUGAUCCAGGAGCGCCGAACGUCGGCACGAAUCCGCUUCAUGCUGCAGGACGUGGUGGCGUUAAAAGAGGUGCGUUGGGUUCCUCGCAAGGCCGACCAGGGCCCGAAGACCCUCCUCCAGGUCCACCAAGAGGCUGAAAUGGAGCAACAGGAGGAGCAGCUCCAAACGACGAAGCAGCUGUUCCCCAAAACCGAAUGGAGACGAGCAGGAACCUCGGUCGCUUCUCCAUACCGGAACAAAGAAAGCAGCUUCUCUGCUCCCACCAGGACCUUCAUCCCCUGGAACACCCCCAGGUUUUCAAAGGCCAACGUGGAGGACAGUCAGAUUAAGUCGUCCUCCUUCAUGAGAGCUGUGUUGAAGGCCGUGCGUCAGCCCGCAGUGAACGCCAGCUGUCGAGUGGACACAGUCGUCCUGAAGAAGAGCUUGCCGGUCCUACGACAAUACCUGGACUCCGACGAUGAGCGACAGCUGCAGGCGCUUUAUGCCCUUCAGGCUCUGAAUGAGUCCCUCGGUCACCCUACAGACUUCCUGCAGAUGUUCUUCGAUUUAUUCUACGACUGGGGACUGAUCUCAGCUGCCACGUUCCUCAAGUGGCAGAUGAGCAGAGACGAUGCCGAGCCGAAGGGAAAAGCCAAGGCCGUCGAGUCCACCAUGCCCUUCUUCACCUUCCUGCGGGUGUGUGAGGGACUCUGA